GCCUAAUGUGACGCUCAUAUCCUAACGGUCAUUUACACUCGCAAAUCCUUUGAAAGAAAUCCGUUCUCAUCGUUCCAACGCACUAAAACCCUCUGUUUUUCAUCUCUUUCUCCCUCUCUGCCUACAUUCGAAAAUGGAGUCGCCAGUGGAGCUCAGAGAACCUACUUCGGAGAAAGCAGGGGAACGAAAAAUACCUGUAUUCACAGUGCUGAAGAACAAUGCGAUCCUCAAGAACAUUUUCCUAAUCGAUAACCAACCUUUGGCAGAAGGAUCCUUCAAGGAAUCGGAAGAAAUUUUGUUGGUUGGGAGGCAUCCAGAUUGCCACAUCACCUUGGAACACCCAAGCAUCAGCAGAUUCCACCUUCGCAUCUACUCCCAGCCCUCUUCCCAAUCCCUCUCCGUCGUUGAUCUUUCCUCGGUGCAUGGGACUUGGAUUGGCGGUAAAAGGAUUGAAUCAGGGGUUAGGAUUAACCUGAAAGAAGGUGAUACGAUGCAGCUAGGGGGAUCAAGUAGGGUAUACAGGCUACAUUGGGCUCCUUCGAGCCAAGCUUAUGAUUUGGAUAAUCCAUUUCUGCCUCCAAUUCUCCCUCAGUCAGAGCCUUCUUCUGAUAAAGAAGGGGAGGAUCAGGUUGCUGAUGUUGGGUUCUUCCAUAAGAGUGAAGAGUUGGAGAAUCUGGAUUCAGAAUGUUCUGAUUCAGACGUGCCUUCUAUCUCUUUGGUGGAUGACAAAAAAUUUCCAGCUGCUAAUGAAGAGUAUAGUGUAGAUACUGAUAUCCAGUCUUUAUUGAAGGAUUGUUUUUGUGUGGGGCAACAAUUGUUGACUCCAAAGAAGGAGAACCAUCGCACUUCUAGCUGUCUCACACUUGGUUCUUUGAAGGAUUUGUUUGAAUUUGAUUCGAGAACUGGACCAACAGUGAAGCCCCCACUUCUCGAAGUUGAUGAAAUAGCCUUUCCAGUCAAAGGGAGAGUCAUUAUGACAAAAUCAGAGAGUUAUCCAGAUACAGAUUCCCAAUUGCCCUUGGAGGAUCCUUGUCUGAGUGGCGAAAAAACAUCAACUCCAGAGAACAAGAACUUCACUUCUAGCUCUCCUCCACUCCGAGAUGCAUUGAAGAAUACAGAUGAAUUUGAUUUGAGAAAUGAGUCACAAUCUGUUCUGGAAGUUCAUGAAGUUGAUGAUGAAAUAGUCACUCCAAACCAAGAGAAAGUCGCUAUAGAUAUUCAUUUUCCGAGUGGAGAUGAAACAGAUAGCAAAAUGCUCACACCAGAUCAGUUUGAUUUGGGUAAUGGGUCACCAACAAGCUUGUCACUUCUGAAAGUGAAUGAAGUUGAUGGUGAAAUAGUCACUCCAGACCAAGAGAAAGUCGCUAUGGAUAUUGAACAUCCGAGUGAGGAGAAUCUGCCUCCCUAUUCUGCCCCACAUAUGUCAUUGUCUGAUAAGGAAAGUGGAUCAACUAUCAGAUCUUCUGAAGAUGAUGUUGUUUAUAAAGUAGUGGGCAAAGGAGGUGACACUAUGGUCGUUCCAGAUAUAGAGAGUGUAAGUUUUGGCAUUUAUCCACCAAAUGAUGGUGGAUAUGUGGAUGAAAAAGUUUUUAGUCCUGACAAAGAGAAUCUGACUCUAAGUUCUGUCUCACUCCAGUCCUUGAAGAAUACAGAGAAUGUAAGUUUUGGCAUUUAUCCACCAAGUGAUGGUGGAUAUGUGGAUGAAAAAGAUAUUAAUCCUGACAAAGAUAAUCUGACUCUAAGUUCUGUCUCACUCCAGUCCUUGAAGAAUACAGAUGAGUUUGAUUUGAAGACAUGUGGAUCAACUCUAAUAUAUUCACUUCCAAAGGUGGAUGAAAUCGAUCAGGAAACAGUAGCCACUCCCAUUAAAGAGAGCAUACCUCUGGAUAUUCCUGCUUUGAGUGGUGGUGACAUGAUGAAUGUAGAAAAAAUAUUGUAUACCCCACCAGGUAAAGAGAAUUGCACUCGACCUACCAUGAAACUCUCAUUUCCAAUUACGGAAGAAGGGGGCGAUAAACAAACUAUAAGUCCAAAUAAGGAGAACGAGACUUUGAAUACUCAUCUCCAGAGGUUAAUACAACCGAAGGGCAAGCUUCAAAACCUAACAAAACUGAAAGUGUUUAAACCAUCUCCUUUGAAGAAUGAGAAUUGUGAUGAUGAGAGAGAUGAUGAAACUUUUACUCCAGAUAAAGAGAACAUGACCCCUAAUACUCAUUUUCUGUGGUCGAUGAACAAGAUUGGAAAGUCAAGAGAAACUAUAAACAACUCUGAGGUAGCUGAUGACUUCAACUCAAGAUUAAAUCAAUAUGAGGAAAAUAACAAUGAGAAAGCACUCCGAGUGAAGAGCAAUAUUAAAGAGCUAGGACUACAUAUGCAGCAGUCUAAACAGAAGGAUAGAGUGCCCUUUCAAAUGGUGCUUAUCAAUUCUAGAAGCACAACUGAGUCAUUCUGUCCAGGAAUGGGAGAUAAGAUCUGUCAUUUUUCUGAGCCUAAAGUCAGGGAGGAAGAAAGAAAUUGGUGCAUAGUGGUGGAUACUACUAGUCUGCUGAACAAAGAGUCAAGGAAAGCUCUGCAGCUUUUGCAGGGUCUCAAAUCGACUUCUUUGAUUAUUCCUCGUAUUGUCAUAAACGAACUAGGUUGCAUGAAAAGUCGAGCUAGUUUUUUUAAAAGAACGACAGAGGUGUCUUCAGCAUUAGAAUGGGUUGAAGAUUGUAUGAAAAAUACAAAGUGGUGGAUUCAUAUUCAGAGUUUAGAUGAAGAAGAAACAAGUGACAUUACUACUCUAACACCUGCAGAAGAUCACAUUCUUAAAUAUGCUCUCUUCUUGAGAAAAAUCAAUAAUGGCCUCACAAAACUCAUCCUCCUCAGUGAUGAUAUCUCUCUGAAGAUCAAGUCAAUGGCAGAGGGUUUACUUUGCGAGACAGCCAAAGAUUUCAGAGAAAGCCUAGUGAAUCCAUUUUCUGAGAGAUUUCUUUGGACUAAAAGCUCUCCCAGGGGCAUGACGUGGUCAUAUGAGGAUGACAUUGUUCUCAAGGAGACAUAUUAUCAACGCCCGCUGAAGAAACCUCGUUCAAAACAAGCAAAUUAUUAUGCAUGGGGAUUGAAGCUCAUAUUAUUGCUCCAUCAUUCUUCCCCGUACACACAGUCCACUUCAUCUUCACACAAAAACUAGUCAUGUGUUUCUUUUUUCCCUUGAAUGUGAAUUAAAACAAGGAAUAGUUUGUUGUUCCUUUGUGUAAUGCUGCUGGUGCAACUCCAUAAUUUUCUCAUUAUGGGGCACGAUCAGCUCACUCAAUGGUAUAAAAUUUGAUCUCUUUCAACAGGGAGCUGCAUAUUUAGUAUCUUCUCUUAAGGGACGGAGUGUACCCUUAAUUAAUACCUUUGAAGAUAUAAACUUGCAAAGAGAGUAAUAGUACCCUCAAUUAAUGUCCUUAUUAGAACUUAUAGAGCUUUGAGAAAUGAAACGAGUUGAGGUUUGGUAUUCAA